AGUUCAGUUGCGAGUAAAUAACGACGCUCUUCUCUUCUGUCGUCUACUCUUCCGUUGCCUGCGCACUCGAUUUCUCCGCUUCUACACAAAUUCUCUGUUAGUCGCGCGAUUCAGGGCUACUCCUUCGAGUUUUUGCAUUCAGGCCAAUGGCCAGUAGCGGUAAUGGUAAUGGAAGUGCGGGGGAUGCGACGGAGUCGGCGGCUGAGCUCGGCAAAACCCUAAAAGAAGGGGAGAGGAUCCUCGCGCCGACUCGGCGGCCCGACGGUACCCUCCGCAAGCCUAUUCGGAUUCGGGCGGGUUACGUUCCUCAAGACGAAGUGGCUAUAUACCAAUCGAGAGGCGCAAUUUGGAAGAAGGAGAUGUCGGCGUCGCAUGAGGCUCCGCCGGGGUAUGAACCAGAUGUGGAAACAAAACCAAAAUCGAAAUCGGCUAAGAGGAAUGAGAGGAAGAAGGAAAAGCGCCAGCAGGCUGCUGUCGAGAAAGGCAAGAGUUUUGAAGAAAAUGAUAUGUUGUCUGCUGGGGAUUCAAAUGAAUGGCCGGAGAAUGUAGAGUCGGUUUCUUCGAAAAUAGAUGGACUCUCACUUUCUGGGAAUGACUCUUCGGUUACACCUCCUACAACUUCAACUGAGGGUUCAACACCAGAGGAUCAAAUUCAAGUUAUUGAUAAGAAGAUUCGAGCCCUGAAAAAGAAGGAGUUCACGCAUUCUGGAUCCAUCCAUUGCUCCGCCCACAAUAUCAUAUCUGUUUGAAACUCCGAGCUGUGUCCUUAUUCCUGUUUGUAACCUUUGAGCUGGAAAAUAUGUUGUUAUUUGUGCUUUUCAGGUGUUGGGAGUUUUUAUUAUUUGACAUCAAUUUAUCCCUGCAAAUUUCUUUUGAUUUGGUUUGGAAAAUUUUGGUUUGUGUUUGAUAUUAAAAUAAUGUAUGAUGAGAUUUUUGUGAAAGAAAAAGAUAUAUUUUUUUCGGGAAACUACAAUUUGAUUUGGUGGUAUAAUGAUGCUUUGUAAAGGGUAAUAUUAAUUAUAAGGAAUGUAUAUAUUAAUUUGAAGUAUAUUUUGAGAAGGUAUGGAAGAACCUGAAUCAAGAUUUGCAUGAAAUUAUAUCAUACAUAGUCUCGAAUGCUUUUUAAGAAGCAAAAGGAACCAAAUUUGAGACUCAUGAGAACCUCCUAACUUGAGUGGACAGUAUAUAUAAGGUCAUUUUUGUUUCCAAUUCUAAUUCCCAUCUAAGGCAUACAAUUUAUGAGAUAGUUGCAAUAUUACAAGAGUUGUUAAGAUGAUAUCGAAUAAUGUCAUUGGUGCA